AGGAAUCAAGAACAUUCUCCCUUAAACGCACGGUUGUCAGGGGGGGGUCCUCAAGGCUGGUUGUUGCCGUCUUGCUCAGCAACCGCACCCGACUUGAGCUCGAGACAGGAGUGUGCUGAAGCAAGCGCAAUUGCGAGAGCAUCCUUGAGAAGCCACUGAAUCACAACAAUAAUUUCGGACUGAGGAAAAUCCGACCGUCAAACAUCGUCGCCUCAUCGCCCGGCUGAUAUAGCCUACUGACCUAAAGAAAAAGCGUAGGGACAAUAUCAUUAAUGGAAAUAAAUUAGAAGUCUGCGAGUUUAAUUUGUUAUUUUAAUUUUUUUGGGGGGGGACAACAGCCUUUUGAACCCCAAAAUGGCUGAGAUAACCAAUUUAAGACCAGCAUAUGACGUGUCCCCGGUGCUGGCGGGCUUCCUGGGCGCCGGGGUCCUGGUGGUCUCAGUCACGGUGGCCGUCUUCCUCUGGACCUGCUGCCAGCGUCGCUACCGUCAGAUGACGGGCAGCUACAAGCUCCAAUCAGGACCCUGCGACCAGGCCGUGGAUCCGCCUUACAAGUUCAUCCACAUGCUCAAGGGAAUCAGCAUCUACCCGGAGACACUUAGUAACAAGAAGAUAGUCCGUGUGGGUCGACGCCCGGGCUCCUCGCGAAAUGGCAGCGGAUCCGGCGUCGAGUGGGGUCGUAAUGGUGAGCGAGGAAGAGGGGGAGGAGGAAGGGUGAUGCUAGUGGACGUCGACCCAGAAACGGGCCUGCUCAACAGCUCCACCAACCUGCAGAUGAGCCACCUACUGCCCCCUGCUGGACAGCCUAGGUUAGAGAAGGCGCUGCCCAUCCGCUCCGACUACUGCCUGGAGAGCAGCUCCAGGGGUAACAGCAGCAGCAGUAGCUGUGACGCCAGCAAGACAGCCUCGCCCUUUACCCCGUGUCAGGGGGAGGGCAACACCAUGCCGCCCGCUGCCCUAGGUACCCUCAGCCUGGUCGUGGACUACAACUUCCCCAAGAAGGCGCUGGUGGUGACCAUUCUUGGCGCCCAUGGCCUGCCCGCCGUGGACGAGCAGGCGGGUAGCUCGGACCCCUACGUGAAGAUGACCAUAUUGCCAGAAAAGAAGCACCGGGUCAAGACCCGCGUUCUGAGGAAGACCCUGGAGCCAGUAUUUGACGAGACGUUUACGUUCUACGGCGUGGCCUACAGCGCACUGCCUGACCUCACGCUGCACUUCCUGGUGCUUAGCUUUGACCGCUUUGCCCGUGAUGAUGUCAUCGGGGAGGCGGCGGUACCCCUGGCAGGGGUGGACCCCAGCACGGGACGAGUCCACAUCACCCAACAGAUCAGCAAGAGACACAUCCAGUGUGUGAGCCGUGGGGAGCUACUGGUGUCUCUGUCCUACCAGCCUGUCACUCACAGGCUCAAUGUGGUGGUGCUGAAGGCCAAACACCUGCCCAAGAUGGACAUCACUGGCCUAUCAGGCAACCCCUAUGUGAAGGUGAACGUCUUCUACGGCUGCAAGCGCAUUGCCAAGAAGAAGACGCACGUGAAGAAGUGCACCCUCAACCCCGUUUUUAACGAGUCAUUCAUCUACGACGUACCCGCCGAGCUGCUGGCCGACAUCUCCGUGGAGUUCCUGGUGGUCGACUUCGACCGUACCACCAAGAAUGAAGUGGUGGGCCGCCUGGUGCUCGGCGGCCAGAGCCUCAUGCACACUGGGGUCACCCACUGGAGAGAGGUCUGCGACAACCCCCGCCGGCAGAUUGCCAAGUGGCACAACCUGGGCGAGUAUUAGGAUGGCUCAGAAAAAUACCUGAACAUUUUCAAAAAUCGUGCAAUUUCUCGGAGUGGAUAUUCUGUCGAAAAACCACCACCCCCACUACUAUUUCAAACCUAUUCUCUUAGAAAAUUAAAGAAUGAAAUAAAACCCUUCCUGCCUGAAGUAAAGACACCCAACCAGACCACCGGAACCCCACCCAGCAUGGACAUGUAUGGUUGGACCAGUCACUUCUAUGAAAAAUUCCUGCAACCAUUGAGACAACCACGGGGGCUGAGAGAAAUCUGACCAGACUUUCAGGAAUCACUGACCACAAAAGACUUGAUUGAAGAUUUCAAAACCAAAAUCUGAAUUUUGUGUAUAUAUAUAUUAUAUAUACGUAUAUACAUUUGUGUGUGUGUGUGUGUGUGUGUGUGUGUGUGUGUAUAUAUAUAUAUAUAUAUAUAUAUACACACACACACACACACAUUUGAAUGUAUACACAAAUAUAUAGCCUUCACAUUCAAUACUGUUAGUGAGAUCCAUGUGGUCCUACCGGUUGGGUGGGUGUGUGAAGGGGCUGUGGUUCCUCCAAUCAGAGUUCACAACAGAGUGCAUCACAACCCUACCCCUGACCCCCUCCUCCAGCCCCCCGCCACCCAUAGGUAUAAACAUUCCUUUACUUGCAUGCUUGAACAAGUUCAAAAUAAAACACACCUGGGAAGGAAGAAUACAGUAGGUAAUACUCUCUCUUAAUCUUAACCAGGGCUGCAUUUCAAACUCAUAAAAGACACCCUCCUCCACUUAUCUUCACCUUUGCCCUUGGGGGAACCCCCGUGGCCAUCUUUGUCGUUGGUUCAAAUGAUUAGCCAAUGAAGGGAAGUUGGCAACGUAAGCCCCUCAGCUUACAUUGAGUUUGUGAGUGUACAAUUAUGUUCACUCUGGGCCUGAAACGCCCCAUAAUUCAAUUCACGACGAUUGUACAUCCGCUAAGAACAGUCAGACAACUUAAAACCAACAUUAAUAUGGAGAAGUCAACAUACAAGUGUAAGUAAAAAGAAUGUACAUAAGUUAGAAAUUGUGCUACUAAUGCACAUGACGGCUCAAACACGUAUCAUAAAAGUAAUGAUGUUUUUGUUUGGUUAGCUUUUUGGAAACGUUAACUUGCGCACUUAACGUUCUCUGACAUCACACUUUUACAUUGUCGUUUUCCAUUUACCUGAUAUAAAUAACUUAGUAGAGGAUGGCUAACAUUCGAUGUCUGCUGAUGCGUUGUCUUAAUUGACUGUAGCGCAUAUAAAAGGCACACACAACAGUUCCAUGAUGACUGAAAACACACAACCGUGGGGUGAACGAGUGACACAUUUCCUGGGAAAGAACGGUCCAUUUCAAAUGAAUUACUUCUUCCCUUGUCUUGCAAGUGUCAACUCGUCAGACGUUAUGAUACGUCAUCGGAAGCGUCCACUUAAUUUGAGGGGAGAGGGUGUGUCUUUUGUGUGUGUUUGAGUGUGUUUGAAGUGUUUGAAAUGCAGCCCUGGUGUACCAAUUCCCUUUAAAUCAGGAAGUAUCCCCUGGUACUGCACAGGAUUGGGGGGAUUAUGUUAAUUAGAGGGUGUGCCUAAUUUAUAUUGCAAUGGGGCAGUUUUUUAAGGUAGAAAAAUGUUUUUUUAACAGGAGUGGUAAUAUUAGAGUCAUGGUUAAAUUAUGGGGCAGUAUGGGGUACUAUAUUUAAGUAAUAAGGCACGAUGGGGUGUGGUAUAUGGCCAAUAUACCACGGCUAAGGGCUGUGGUAUAUUGGCCGCGAUGCGUAGUGCCUAAGAACAGCCCGUAGCCGUGGUAUAUUGGCCAUAUACCACAAACCCCUGAGGUGCCUUAUUGCUAUUAUAAACUGGUUACCAACGUAAUUAGAGCAGUAAAAAUAAAGGUUUUGUCAUACCCGUGCAAUACAGUCUGACAUACCACGGCUGUCAGCCAAUCAGCAUUCAGGGCUCGACUCACCCAGUUUAUAAUACAGUAUUUACCAGGGAUAAUACAGUUGUUGCUAAGUGUUUAAGUUAUAUUCAGGUAAGGCUAUGGGGCUGUCUUGAUGAUAUUUAUCACUACUUAUGUUUCUUUUUUUCUAUGUGGAUCAUAUGUUUCAUCAGUACACUCACAUGCAGCAACAAUAUCCAUGAAAGUCAAUAGUCAAACUGCAUGUGUCAGAGCUUUUGCAUGCACAGUGUAACAUGGGCUUGAGUUCAAGCCAGCUCUCUUAGAGACAGGUACAAAAUGGAGACAUUCAUUUUGUGGGGCAGAUUCAUACCAACACUGGCAUAACAAUCAGACAUGAUUCACUUUCAGUUCACGUACAUGUUGGAAAACCUGUGUUCAGUAUAUUACAAUGUGUCUAUGAUAAGUGCAUUGUGGAGCUAAUCAAAACAGUUUCAUCUAAAUUGAGGGGAUGGAAGAGAACUCUGCCACGUCUCAGUGAUAUCCCUUCACUGAACCCUCCCUCAGUAGCAGACAAGGUUAGUGGAUUGGGUCUGUCCCAUUACAGUAAAUGGAUGAUUUCUGGUUUUACUUUGUGACUGCUGUUGCUCUCACUAUCAUUUGAUUGGUGCAUUUAUUUUUUAGACCCGAUGCGAUUGGUUGAGGCAAGGCUGUAGCCAUGUAGCAUGGGUAUCUAUAAUUCACUGGACCUUAAUGUACCGAAACCCGUUGUUUAUAGUACAUCUGUUGUCAUAGUGACCAAAGGACCAUUAGUGUAUCUGUAACUUUGUGUCUGUAUCACCAAUUUUUACCAGUAUAACCAAUUUUAUCAGAGUGAGCUUUGUAGUUUAUAUGCUGUUCCACAGUGGCCACUUGACCCUGUAUACACUUGCCUGGCAGUGCAUUACUCCUGUUAAUUUAUGUGAAUAAAUAAUUAAUUCCAAUUAUUAGAAUUUAUAGCCAUGCUACUGGUAACAGCUCAGUAUAUCCUCGUUUGAACUCUGCAUCUUAAGAAUUGUACAUUCAUUUUUUUCAAUAUAUUUUGUGUGUGGUGAAUAUGUGUGAGAAUUUCAAAUGUUAGUCUCCUGCAAUGUCACAACCACUGAACUCAUCAAAGAUGUCCGUGCCGUCAGCUCUCGUUCUGGUUGCCUCUCUUCUCCCCGGGAUCUCUCUCUCUCUCUGUUUAUCACAGCUGUUGCUCUGCGGCACUGUCCCCAUUGUCAUUAUUAUUUAUUUAUUUUACUCUGAUAGUCAAUAGCAAUCAAAGGAAGUUAAGCUGUCACCGCACGCUAUGUCUCUUUGCUGUGUGUGUACACUGCUAACCUCUUAACUUGAAUGCUGCAUGUCCCUACACUCCCACACAGGUAAACCUUGUACACAAUCCGCUUCACUGCCCACUGAGGUGCUCAAACUGCAUCCCUACAAACUGGCUUUAAUGCGAGUUUGAUCUAACUUGAGCUAGCAAACACAUCAACAUUAGUGUUUGUUAUAACAUUAUUUGCGUGGCGUAGUCACUCAGUAAGCUUCUUUUCCUAAUGCUUGGCGUAUCACAGCAACGGCCAUAGCACUUAUGGCGCUGGAAGUGGUUAAGUGGGCAGUUGUGUCCUUUCCUAUAAAGGUAAUCACAUCCCAUAAGGAACUGAAUAGGCAGUACUCACAUCUAGGCUGCACACUGAACAUUUAGGAUGUUUGAUCACACUUUGAAAAGCCCAAAGCAACCUUUGUUUUUAUCACUGGUUGAUUUGACCAAACUUUCUUUGCUACGGAACUAGAUUUGUUUUUUGCUCUCUUUUGCUACUUUUUGAAGAAGAAAAAAAAAAUCGAUUUGUACAUAUUGUAACAUAGGAGGCUAAUAUCUUGUUGUUUUUGCUAUUGUAACAGCUUUCUUCUGUGGACGAAGGAGAGGACCAAAGCGCAGCGUGGUUAGUGUUCAUCAUGUUAAUAAAGAUGAUAAAUGUGAACACUACAAAAUACAAAACAACAAAUGUGAAGAAACAGUUCUGUCUAGUGCAAACACACGAAGACAGAAGACAACCACCCACAAAACCCAACACAAAACAGACUACCUAAAUAUGAUUCCCAAUCAGAGACAAUGACUAACCCCUGCCUCUGAUUGAGAACCAUAUCAGGCCAAACAUAGAAAUGGGAAAACUAGACACAACAGAAUGCCCACUCAGCUCACGUCCUGACCAACACUAUAACAAAGAAAACACAAAAGAACUAUGGUCAGAACGUGACAGCUAUCAAAUUGUCAUAUGAAUUGGUCUUAGUUAGCCCCCUCACACACAUUUAUUUUAGUAAAAAGGUACACUUUCCCAGUUCAGUUCUUGACAUCCUGCACAUUUCAUGUCCUUAGUCCUAUAGUUUCCCCUCUCACAGCCGUGAGAAAUUCAUAUACUGAACAGAUGCAUCUGUUGGUCACAGACACCUUAAAAAUAAUAGGCCUCACUUAGGCCUCGGGAUCUCAUCACUCUAUUUUUAUGGGGUUCAAAUUGCCAUCGAUAAAAUGCAAUUGUGUUCGUUGUCCGUAGUUUAUGCCUGCCCAUACCAUAACCCCACCGCCACCAUGGGGCACUCUGUUCACAACUUUGACAUCAGCAAACCGCUUGCCCACACGCGCCAUACAUGUGGUCUGGGGUUGUGAGGCCAGUUGGACAUACUGCCAAGUUCUCUAAAAUGGUAGAGAAAUGGUAGAGAAAUAAACAUUCCAUUCUCUGGCAACAGCCCUGGUAGACAUUAAUGCAGUCAGCAUGCCAAUUGCACGCUCCCUCUAAACUGUGGCAUUGUGUUGUGUGACAGAACUGCACAUUUUAGAGUGGCCUUUUAUUCUUCCCAUCAUAAGGUGCAUCUGUGUAAUGAUCAGUCUGUUUAAUCAGCUUCUUGAUAUGCCACACAUGUCAGGUGUAUGGAUUAUCUUGGCAAAGGAGAAAUGCUCACUAACAGGGAUGUAAACAAAUGUGUGCACAAAAUUGGAGAAGAAUAAGCGUUGUGUGCGUAUGGAACAUUUCUGGGAUCUUUUAUUUCAGCUCAUUAAACAUGGGACCAACACUUUACAUGUGUUUUUAUAUUUUUGUUCAGUGUAGAUACAUGCACAGUAUCUUCAGUUUCCAUCAAAACUAAUAUAUGAAGGCAACUUGUUGAAACAAAAUACAAUUUUCAUUAAGAAUCACUCUGUCCCAGGAGCUUUUGGUUUCAUAAUGUUUGGUUGAUAAUAAUCACAACAGCCGCACAGGUUUUGAUGAAGAGAGAUGAUUAGUAGUUUUUUCCAAUUCAGAGUAAUGUCCUGUGACUAUGAUUUUGUAUUUGUAGGAGGCUUGCAGUCUGGGGCAUAAUUUAAUAAUAUGGAUAUGAGAGCCGUUGGAGUGAGGCAAAAAUUGCAUUAGCUCUAACACCGUAACCCCAACCUGGUCUUAGCUUGGGCACAGAGGUGCUGGGCAGUAGCCUGGAUGUGUGUGUGUUUGCAUUAACCAUAUGGACUCCUGAAGACAAGCUUCUAUGCCCCCAUUUCUAGUGUGAGCACAGACACAAAGCACAUCAGUCUCACCACUGAAAGGCCAAUGGUUUGUAGUCCACUGUUUGGUCAACUUUGCCCAGGAGGUGCUAACAUAGUUGCUGAGGAAUGAUGUGAUGUUAUCUUUAUUCAUUGCUCUGGCAGUGCUGGAGAGUUCAGGCUCCUAACUAUAACUUCACUAAUAGGGGUUGUGUUCAAUAUUCUAAAAGUGUUAAAAAGUGGAGCAUAUUUGAAAGGCAAAAAGAGAAUGACAGUAUCUUAGCAUUGUGGGCCUAAUUCUGUAGAAAAAGAUGGCUGUCAAUGUGUCGGUUGGUUGGUAAGGACACCAGUGUUUUUUUAGCCUCAUGUCUGUGCAUGACAGAUAAUUACUGUGAGAAGUUUGGCUACAACAUUGUGAGUUCUGUUCAUGACAGGAAGGUUUAGUCAAGAUCAAAUCAAGAUGGAUCAUAAUUGCAAGUUAACUUAUUUUAGAAAACAAAUCAUGUACGUUCUCCCAUUUCUUUAUUCUUUGAUAGAUUUUCCAGUUUCCUAUUUCUAUGUUCUCACUGCUUAUUUUCUGACUUUACUUUGAGACACGGGGUGUGUAUAUUACAGGUGCCUGAUCAAUAUUCAACAGUUUCCUCCUCUUGUGAGCGUUUUCCUUUGUAAAUAGCACAGAAAGCACCCUGCAAAAAUCAGCAACGAUGUCCCAUAUCACUGAAUAAUCCAAAACAAAAUGAUAUGCUCCGUCUUUGUUACCCUCUGUUUUGCUGGCCUCACCCUGAACCCACAGCACAAAUAAGCCUAUUUUAUAGAUCUCUACAUUUUAAAUACCGUAUAUCCUUGUGUAAAUUACUGUUUGUUCCCAAGCACUAUCAGGCAGAUGCACUGCCGCCUGUCCUUAAAGUAUGUGAUUGUUCCCCCUGGAAUGGCAAAGGGUUCUCCCCUCGCUGUAAAUGUGUUCCAUUGUUGGGGUGCCCUCCCUCUUCCUAUCCCUUGGCCCGCACUGAAUCCACACUCCUUUUUUCCCUUUCAGCCCCUUCUUUCCUCCAUUGACAACCCAUCCCUCUCUCUUUCGUGUGUUGUAUAGACAAAUCUGAGGUGUGAAUAAAUCUGACGGGGGGGCAGGUAGCCUCACGUUUAAGAGCGCUGGGCCAGUAACCGAAAGGUUGCUGGUUCGAAUGCCCGAGACGACUAGGUGAAAAUAUGUUUAUGUGCCGUUGAGCAAGGCACUUAACCUUAAUUACUCCUGUAAUUCGCUCUGGAUAAGAGCAUCUGCUAAAUGACUGAAAUGUCAAAUGUAAAUAAAAAGAGAACAAGGAAUUGAUUCAUUGGUUAUGAGUAUCCCAUUGGCUAUCAUUGAUUCACCGCCUCAGUCAGAACUGUAUGUUGUGUGGGUGAAAUGCAAAAUAAGACAAGUAGUCUGAACUGGGUUUAAACUGCAUAAUGCUAUGAAGUCUAUGCUAAAUAUAUUACACUAAUGCUGACUUGUUGAAUUUGUUAACACAACGAAUGUGCAAAUAAAAAAAUAACUGAUACACUA